GGACCUGGGUCAGUGAUGUGCCACAAUCCAGCAUCUGAUUUCCUUGCAGGGACCCUCCCCAAGCCCACCCUCUGGGCUGAGCCAGGCUCUGUCAUCCACCAGGGGAGGGCAGUUACCAUCUCUUGUCAGGGGACACAGAAGGCCCAGAAGUACUGUCUCAUUAAAGAAAGAAGCUUAAGGCCCACAUGCAAACCUGCUUCGCUGGACCCAGAGAACAAGGCCAAGUUCGCCAUCCCCACCAUGAGUGAGCGCCAUGUGGGGAAAUACCAGUGCUACUAUCUCAACCCUCCUAGGUGGUCAGAGCACAGUGACCCCCUGGAACUGGUGGUGACAGGAACCUACAGCAAACCCAGGCUCUCAGCCCUGCCCAGCUCUGUGGUGACCUCAGGAGGGAAGGUGACCCUCCAGUGUGGCUCAGGGCAGGGAUAUGACAGGUUUGUUCUCGCCAAGGAAGGAGGACACCACCUCACCUGGACCCUGGACUCACAGCGACACCCCAGUGGACAGUUCCAGGCCCAGUUCCCAGUGGGAACUGUUAACCCCACCCACAGGUGGACAUUCACAUGCUACGGCUAUUUCAGGAGCAAACCCCAGGUGUGGUCAGGACCCAGUGACCCACUAGAGCUGCUGGUCUCAGGGGUGUCCAGGAAGCCCUCCCUCCUGACCCA